AUGGACGAGACCCUUGCUGCUCACGUGCGGACCCUGCAGCGUGGCGAUGAUGUGCGCGCGGUCCGCGCCGCGCAAGCGCUUUCUGAUCUAUCCUGCGCGAGCGACGAUAACGAUGCCUUGAUCGUGGCGGCCGGCGCGAUCCCGCCGCUCGUCGCCCUCCUGCGCAACUGGAACAACGAAGUCAAGAAGUGGGCCACGCGCGCGCUGGUGAACCUCACCUCGGGCAACGGCUACCAUGUCGCGGCUCAGCCGAUCGUGGAUGCCGGGGGCAUCGCGCCGCUCGUCGAGCUGCUGCGGGACGGCAGCGACGGCGCCAAGGAGCAGGCCGCGCGCGCGCUGGCGAACCUCGCGGACAAUGGCGGCGACGCGGCUCAGUCGAUCGUGGAUGCCGGGGGCAUCGCGCCGCUCGUCGAGCUGCUGCGGGACGGCAGCGACGGCGGCAAGGAGCAGGCCGCGCGCGCGCUGGCGAACCUCGCGUGGAACGGCGACGACAUCGCGCCUCAGUCGAUCGUGGAUGCCGGGGGCAUCGCGCCGCUCGUCGAGCUGCUGCGGGACGGUAGCGACGACGGCAAGAAGCGGGCCGCGCGCGCGCUGAGGAAUCUGUCGUCCGCCGACGACGCUUACGAUGCCAUGAUCGCAGAGGCCGGCGCCAUCGAACCACUCGUCGAGCUCGAGCGCAACGGCAGCGACGAUGCCAAGGAGUACGCCACGGACGCGCUGGACAACCUCGCCCACAACGACGACCUCGUGCGCCCCAUCUCGGCGGCGCGGCGCCGCGUCGCGCCCGCCGUCGAGCCGACCACCGCCGCGAUGGCGAACCUCGCGGCGUGCAUCGUCUGCCAGGACGCCGCGCGGUCCGUCGCCUUCCUCCCCUGCGAGCACGCGUGCUUCUGCACGUCCUGCGCCGCGUCCCACCGGGCGACGUCCGCCCGGUGCCCCAUCUGCCGGACGGCCAUCACCGGCUCCGCCGCCUUCCGCCUCGCCUAA